AGUUUCUUGGAAGCAGAAGACAAAGACCAUCUCUUCCCCUGUGCUCAGCAGGCACAGUACUUAUCAAGACGGCUGUCUCCUUACAGCGAGCAUGGCUUGGUUUGCUCCAGUCCAGUAAAAUAUGCCAGAAAAGGUUCUCGGAAUACAUCUAGUGCAUCUAACUCAAACUCAAGUGUCCGUACAUCAAGUACACCAAGAAAACACUCUGGACUUUCAUGCAGUUGCUCCACUGAUAGUUUUGUGAGCAUUAGUCAUUCCCAGAGGCAUCAAGGAAGCAACUCCAAAGUAUGCAGUGGGGAUCUUUUAGACAGGCACUCCGAAUUCUUUACUGAUAGCCGAAAACCUUUUACUCCACGCACCUUAAUAUCAGAUGCUAAAUCUUUCCUGUCAGAGUACAGGUAUUACACUCCUGCUCGAAGGAAAAGGAAAAAUCCCUGCAAGCAGCAUGUGGAAGCUCAAACGCAGACUGAUGCGAUCAGCUUUCCAUCUGCAGACAAAGUGUCUGAGAGAAAAGUUAUGACUGAACAGCAGAAGAUCACAUUGAAGGCUGAAGAUAGAAGAUACAGCGUGGGUGAGCCUGAGAGAGGAAUAGCUGCUUUUCCAUACUCCUUCCUAAGAGAGACAUCGUUGUAUUCUCAGCAGUCUUCAGCAAGGAGGAGUAUCAAGGCUGA